AUGUUUGCAAAGGCGUGUCAGCAGCGCGGAAUAGAUAUAAAGGGGGAACAGAGGGACAGCAGACACUGUCUGCCACUUGGGACAGCUGAAUUAAGGAUCCUCAGCACAGUCAAGGGUCAGACAACAACCGCCACCAUGAGUACAGACGCUGAGAUGCAGAUUUACGGCAAGGCUGCCAUCUACCUCCGUAAACCAGAGAGGGAGAGGAUUGAGGCUCAAAGCGCUCCCUUUGAUGCCAAAAGUGCCUGCUACGUGGCUGAUGUCAAGGAGUUGUACCUCAAGGCUACAAUUGUCAAGAAGGACGGUGGCAAAGUCACAGUCAAGGUCUUGGACACUCAGGAGGAGAGAACAGUUAAAGAAGAUGAAGUCUCCCCCAUGAAUCCUCCCAAAUACGACAAAAUUGAGGACAUGGCCAUGAUGACCCACCUCAAUGAAGCUUCUGUGCUUUAUAACCUCAAAGAGCGUUAUGCAGCAUGGAUGAUCUACACCUACUCUGGGCUGUUCUGUGCGACUGUCAACCCCUACAAGUGGCUGCCAGUGUACGACAUGGAAGUUGUCAAUGCCUACAGAGGCAAGAAGCGUAUGGAGGCUCCACCCCACAUCUUCUCCGUCUCUGACAACGCUUAUCAGUUCAUGCUUACUGACAGGGAGAACCAGUCUGUCUUGAUCACUGGAGAAUCUGGUGCUGGAAAGACUGUGAACACCAAGCGUGUCAUUCAGUACUUUGCCACAAUCUCUGUUGGGGGUGGUGAUAAAAAGAAGGAAGCUGUUCCAGGAAAGAUGCAGGGAUCCCUGGAGGAUCAGAUUAUUGCAGCCAAUCCACUGCUGGAGGCUUAUGGCAAUGCCAAGACUGUGAGAAAUGACAACUCCUCUCGUUUUGGUAAAUUCAUCAGAAUUCAUUUCGGCACAACUGGUAAACUGGCUAGUGCUGAUAUUGAAACCUAUCUGCUGGAAAAGUCUAGAGUGACAUUCCAGCUUGAACAGGAGAGAGGCUACCACAUCUUCUACCAGAUGAUGACCAAUCACAAGCCUGAGCUCGUUGAAAUGUCUCUUCUCACAACCAACCCAUACGACUUCCCCAUGUGCAGCAUGGGUCAAAUCACUGUUGCUAGCAUUGAUGACAAAGAGGAGCUGGAUGCAACUGAUAAUGCCAUUGACAUCCUGGGCUUCACCGCUGAGGAGAAGGUCAGCAUCUACAAAACGACAGGUGCUGUCCUCCACCACGGAAACAUGAAGUUCAAGCAAAAGCAGCGCGAGGAGCAGGCUGAACCAGAUGGCACUGAGGAUGCUGACAAGGUUGCUUACCUGCUGGGUCUGAACUCUGCUGACAUGCUUAAGGCAUUGUGCUACCCCAGAGUCAAGGUCGGAAAUGAGUUUGUCACCAAGGGACAGACAGUGCCACAGGUGAUGAAUUCUGUUCCUGCCCUGGCCAAGUCCAUCUAUGAGAGAAUGUUCUUGUGGAUGGUCAUUCGUAUCAACCAGAUGUUGGACACCAAGCAAGCAAGAAACUAUUUCAUUGGUGUCUUGGACAUUGCUGGAUUUGAAAUCUUUGAUUUCAACACCUUGGAGCAGCUGUGCAUUAACUUCACCAAUGAGAAACUGCAACAGUUCUUUAACCACACCAUGUUCGUCCUGGAGCAAGAGGAGUACAAGAAGGAGGGUAUUGUCUGGGAGUUCAUUGAUUUCGGUAUGGACUUGGCUGCCUGCAUUGAGCUGAUUGAAAAGCCUAUGGGCAUCUUUGCCAUCCUUGAAGAGGAGUGCAUGUUCCCCAAAGCCUCAGAUACAACUUUCAAGAACAAGCUGUAUGAUCAACAUCUUGGCAAGACCAAAGCCUUUGAGAAGCCCAAGCCCGUCAAAGGCAAGCCCGAGGCCCACUUCUCCCUGGUGCACUAUGCUGGAACUGUGGACUACAACAUUGCUGGCUGGCUGGACAAGAACAAGGACCCACUGAACGACUCUGUUGUGCAGCUGUACCAAAAAUCUUCAGUCAAACUCUUGCCUAUUCUGUAUCCCCCGACUGUUGAAGAGCCCAAGGGUGGCAAGGGAGGCAAGAAGAAGGGUGGUUCUAUGCAGACUGUUUCGUCACAGUUCAGGGAGAAUUUGGGCAAGCUGAUGACUAAUUUGAGGAGCACUCAUCCUCACUUUGUGCGUUGUCUGAUUCCGAACGAGUCUAAGACUCCCGGUCUGAUGGAGAACUUCCUGGUCAUCCACCAGCUUAGGUGCAAUGGUGUCCUGGAGGGUAUCAGAAUCUGCAGAAAGGGUUUCCCAAGCAGAAUUUUGUACGGUGACUUCAAACAGAGAUACAAGGUGCUGAAUGCCAGUGUUAUCCCUGACGGUCAGUUCAUUGACAACAAGAAGGCUUCAGAGAAGCUUCUGGGAUCUAUUGAUGUCAACCAUGAUGAGUAUCGAUUUGGGCACACUAAGGUGUUCUUCAAAGCUGGUCUGUUGGGUGUUCUUGAGGAGAUGAGAGAUGAAAAACUUGCAACCCUUGUCACAAUGACACAGGCUUUGUGCCGUGGGUACCUCAUGAGAAGAGAGUUUGUAAAGAUGAUGGAGAGAAGAGAGGCCAUCUAUACCAUUCAAUACAAUAUCCGAUCAUUCAUGAAUGUCAAACACUGGCCAUGGAUGAAGGUGUACUAUAAGAUCAAGCCACUCCUGAAGAGUGCUGAGACUGAGAAGGAACUUGCCAAUAUGAAGGAGAAUUAUGAGAAGAUGACCAAUGACUUGGCUGCAGCUCUGGCCAAGAAGAAGGAUCUUGAGGAGAAGAUGGCUCGUUCUAACCUUUCGCGGUCACUUGACUUCCUGGAAUUCACCAACAACCAACCUCCAGCCAACCUCAAGGCUGUGUGA